AUUACUUAGAGCCCUCAAGCUCUCUUCUUCUUUCUAUGUAGGCUUGUUGAUCAAUCUAGGGUUUCUGUUGCGAAACUGCAUAUCGUGAAGCAAUUGUUAGAGAAUUACAUAAGAGUUGCAUUCUGAGCUUUUCUUUCUUGAAUCCGUAUCUAAUGGCGGGAAGAAAUCGUGGACCUCCACUUCCCUCUAAAGGUGUUCCUCACAGUUCACUACCCAGCAUUCAUGAACAACCUCCAUUUGCUAGAGGCCUUGGCCCAAUUCCCCAUCCUGCAUUGCUUGAUGAGAUGAGAGAUCCCCAAUUCAAUAUGGGUUCCAGACAGCGCCCUCCUCAUCCAUCUAUUUUCGAAGAACAACUUUCAGCUCAGCACGAGGAUAUUCAAGGGCUUUUGGUUCAUAACCAGAGACUCGCUGCUACACAUGUAGCCCUUAAGCAGGAGCUUGAAGUUGCACAGCAGGAGUUACAGCGCACUGCUCAUUAUGCUAGUUCACUUCAUGCAGAGAAAGACGUGCAAAUGAGAGAACUACAUGAGAAAUCUAUGAAAAUGGAAAUGGAUCUUCGUGGGGUGGAGACCAUGAAGGCUGAGAUUCUGCAAGUUCAAUCUGAUGUUAAAGACUUAACUGCGAUGAAGCAAGAACUUACUAACCAGGUCCAAGCCAUGACACAAGACUUGACUAGAAUGACGACUGAUUUGCAAGAAGCUCCCACUGUUAAGACUGAUAUUGGCAAUCUUAAAAAAGAGUUACAUCAGGCUAGAACUGCUAUUGAGUAUGAGAAGAAGGGUUAUGCAGAGAACUAUGAGCAUGGUAUUGUGAUGGAGCAGAAAUUAAUCUCAAUGGCCAGAGAGCUAGAAAAAUUGCGUGCAGAAAUGGCUAAUGCUGAAAAGAGGGCACGUGCUGCUGCAGCAGUAGGGAACCCUGGUGCAAGCUAUGCUGGUAAUUACGUAAAUCAAGAAGCAGUUGGAUAUGGAUCGGCUCCUUACUCCACCGGCUAUGGCAUGCCUCCCAUGAAUCCUGUCCAAACAGGUGCUGUAAACUAUCCUCAAUAUGCACCUGGGCCUCCACCUGGUUCUUGGGGGACUUAUGAUAUGCAACAUGCUCAAGGGCAAAGAUAGAGUGAUUGCUGUGACAACAUCAUACAUUAUCUAUUGGCCUUAUUGUGUAAGUAGUAAUAUACUUACUGGAAUUACUCUUGACCUUGCUUUGCUAUCGAUAUGUGUAUGCUAUCUUAUCUGCC